AUGGCAAAGAAAAGCAAAGAUGCAACAGCUUCUACAGCUAAAAAAGAAGCUAAAGUUAAAGGUCCUACAGAUCCUAUUGCUAUAAGAAAUCUUGUACGUUUAUUAAAUAUACUUGCAUUAUUAUUAGCAAUAAUAGCAUUUAUUCUUCAAUUAUUUGCUGUUAUAACUCAUCAUUGGAAAUGGCAAACAACUAAUCUUCAUUCAAUAUAUGCACAUAGAGAUCGUGCUGUUCAAAGAAAUGUUUAUGAUGAUAGUCGAAUUGAACAACGUUAUGGUUUAUAUACACGUGAUGUUAAAGUUUAUGCUAAUAAUGAUGAACAACUUGAUGCUCUUGCAAGUACACGUUUUCCAAGAUUAGAUAAUGGUGAUGAGGAUUUACAUAGAUGUUUAGGACAAACAUCUACACUUCGAGGUGCAUUACUUACAUGUGCUGAUCGUAUUAUUUCACCAGAACAAUGCCAUUGUCGACGAUAUCCACAUUGGAAUGCAAUAAUUUUUUUUGAAAUUACUGCAUUAAUAUUACUUGGUCUUGUUGUUCUUAUAUCUGCAUUACUUUCAACACAAUUUAGUGCUUUACUUAAAUUAAUUGGUGUUGCUUUAUCAUUUCUUGCUUUUCUAUUUUUAUUAAUUGGUCUUAUUCUACUUCUUAGUUAUCUUAAACGUGAAACACGUACAAUUGCUGAUACAUUUCCUCAUCUUCAUUCACGAUUUGCUCAUCAAGUUGCUCGAACUUAUCCAGCAUCAUCACAUAAAAUUGUUCGUCGUCAAGCACAUGAAACUUAUCGAGCAUAUCCUUUAUCAGCUGGUCAACGUCCAUUUAAUCAAACACAUUUUUAUCAAUAUCUUGAAAAUACAAAUCAAUGGAUUCUAAGACCUUAUUCUGAUUAUAAUAAUAUUCCUUAUGAACCACGUUCACAACCCAUUGUUACUCAACGUGUAACACCUGCACCAGUUGCAUAUAAUCCAUAUGGUCCAUCGCUAGGUUAUGAUCAAGUUUUUGAACAUACAGAUGCUUGUAUUGGUUGGUCAACUGUAUUAUCAAUACUUGCUAUGAUACUUGCAUUACUUGUACCAUUAAUUCUUGCUUUUUCAUGGCUUACAGCUAAAAAAUUAGGACCAGAAAUAAAAACAGUAACAACAACAACUGUUAAAACUGAAUAUGUACCAGUGCCACAAGAAGUUCAUGUUGAAACAGUACCUUUAACAAGAGCAGUUAUCACUGAAGGAGUUCGACCUGGACCUUAUGAUAUUCAUAGUGGACGACAAGAACCAGUUGUUAUACAUGAUGUUGUUAUUCGUGAUGAUCGUCCGUUAGCAACACACACACAUCGUACAUAA